UGACGUAGUCAACUCAAAAAUCUUAGCGUAUAUCUUCUUUCGAUGAAAUAGUGAUGUCUUUAAGCUUUAUUUUUGCAGACGCUACGUGGAUCGAGCGUAUCUGGCGGCACAAUGCGCCGAAGAUCGUCAGAAGGUGCAGGAGUAUCUGGAGAAGCGGCUGCGACCACUGUUGCAGGCGGGCACUACUCGUGCCGUUGAUUGGGAUCGCGAGCCGCUACCACAUGAGCGCGGCUACGAACUACCAGCCACUUGGACACCAGCAGCGACGUUGCGUGCCUCUCUUCAAGCUAACAUCAACAACAGCAAGGCAGCAGUACCUCAUUCUAAACGUGAACGGAAGAGAACGGUUUCUCCGAGCGCCGAACCUGGUGCAAAACGUGAUCGAUAUAGCAGUGACAGUUCAAGUGAUGUGAAGAUUGUGAAAAUCAAGUCGACUGUUUCCAAAAAGAAAUCUAAAAAGGAACGCAAACGUGAGGGUCAGGUGGUGAAAAAGGAGAAGCAGAAACAGAACGGUUCGGAAAAGCAGCACAAAGAUCCUCCUCGUUGGCAUGUUGAAGAGGAUUCUCAAAGAAUUGAGGAGCGAGCUCGAAGAUUUGCGGAUGACACCCGUGCGACUAUCACAUGUGUAACUCCGUCUGCUCGUCCUGUUCGUAUGCGGCUUGAACCGGAUCCAAGUCAAGUGCGACCACCAGAGAUUCUUGAAAAGUCCUUAGAAAAUGUUAAAGUUAAGUACAAAUCAGGAGCACCUUAUCGCUAUUUAUCGGACCAAUUACGAUCAAUAAGACAAGAUCUCACCGUACAACGAGUUCGGGAUAACUUCACUGUUCUUGUGUAUGAGAUAAACGCCCGCAUAGCAUUGGAAAAUAAGGAUCGAGAAGAGUUUAACAAGUGCCAAAGUCAACUUAAACUGUUGUAUCACGAGAUUCCUGAUUGCCGUAAUGAGCCGGAGUUUGUAGCGUAUCGCCUCCUAUACUAUAUAGCAAUGUCUAAUACACUUGACAUUUCAUCAUUGCUAAAAGGUAUUCCUGACAAAAUGCGAUCUGACGAGUGUGUUUCAUUUGCGAUGCGAGUUCGUCGUGCCAUAUCUUUAGGAAAUUUCGUUACGCUUUUCAGAUUGUUUAAUGCUGCCCCUAAAAUGUGUCCGUACCUCAUGGACUUAUUCGUGGAGCGAGAACGAAAAUCUGCUCUCGCUCACAUCUUCAAGAGCUUUCGACCAACGAUUCCAGUAGUUAAGGUGAGUGGAUGGUUGGGUAUGUCUGAGUCAUCGCUAGUAGAAUGGCUGAACAUGCUGGAUAUUGAGUGUGAAGAAGGUGGUAUGCUGGAUUGUCGUGUUUAUGCAACGAAAACAUUUUAG